AUGGUGCGCAAGCUGCCGAUGCCUGGCGCCUCUGGCGCGGCGCGCAAGACGCCGUACAGCGCCGUUGCACUCGCCGCGGCGAUGCUCUCCAUGGGUCCCGAGAUUCCGGCCUGGGCAGCGCCCAUGCUCGCCGACAUGGCGCCGCCGGGCUUCAUCGCACCGCAGGCUGCCCGGGCGGAGGCGGCUGCGGCGGCGCGGCAGGCGUCCGAGGAGACGAAGGCGGCGCAGGCUGCGGCGCGCGAGGCUGCCCGGCGCGACGCUGACGAGUCAAAGGCCGCCGCCGCCGCGAGCAAGAAGGCGGAGGCGGCGGCGGCGGCCGAGGCGCGGGCGGCCGCAGACGCGCAGAAGCGGGUCGAGGCGGAGUCAAAGAAGGCGGCGGAGGGGGAGGCUCGCCGCGCGUCUGACGAGGCCAAGGCGGCCCGGGCGGCGGAGGAGCGGGCGGCCCGGGCGGCGGCGGACGAGGCGCGCUCGGCGGAGCGCGCUGCUGCGGCGGCGAAGCGGGAGGAAGCGGCAAAGGCCCGCGCCGAGGCGGACGCCGCCCGCCGCGCCUCUGCGCCUGCCCGGACGGGCGGCGUCAAGCGCGGCGCGAAGCCGGACGCGGCGGCGCUGGACGAGGCGGCGGUGCGUGCCCGGCUCGAGGCGGCGGCGCAAGAGGCAGCCGCGCGCGCCGAGGCGGCGGCGGAGGCGACGCAGACGCCGUCGCAGCGGCGCGCUGCUGCGGCGGCAGAGGCGCGGGCGGCCGAGGUGGCCAAGAAGGAGGCUGCGUCACGGGAGGCGGCGGAGGCGAGGGCGGCCGCUGCCGAGGCGCGCGCGCAGAAGAGUGCGGAGGAGAAGGCGGCUCGCCUGGCAUCCGAGCAGGCCCGGGCGGAGGCGGCUGCGGCGGCGCGGCAGCGCGCUGCCGCCGCAGCCCAACGCGAGUCGGCUGCAAAGGACGCAGCAGCAGCAAAGGAGGCGGCCUCGCUAGCGAAGGCUGAGGCCGCUUCGCUCGCCAAGGGUGAACGGGCUGCGUUUGAGGCUGCGCGGCGCAGUCUCUCUCCCUCAGUGGUCAGCGCCCUCAGCGCCGAGGAGAUCAAGGAGGUGAUCGCACUGAAGGAGUCCCUCAAGUUGCGUUCGGAGCCGGUGGUUGUCAAGCCGACGACGAAGAGUGCGGAGGAGAAGGCAGCUCGCCUGGCAUCCGAGCAGGCCCGGGCGGAGGCGGCUGCGGCGGCGCGGCAGGCGUCCGAGGAGACGAAGGCGGCGCAGGCUGCGGCGCGCGAGGCUGCCCGGCGCGACGCUGACGAGUCAAAGUCCGCCGCCGCCGCGAGCAAGAAGGCGGAGGCGGCGGCGGCGGCCGAGGCGCGGGCGGCCGCAGACGCGCAGAAGCGGGUCGAGGCGGAGUCAAAGAAGGCGGCGGAGGGGGAGGCUCGCCGCGCGUCUGACGAGGCCAAGGCGGCCCGGGCGGCGGAGGAGCGGGCGGCCCGGGCGGCGGCGGACGAGGCGCGCUCGGCGGAGCGCGCUGCUGCGGCGGCGAAGCGGGAGGAAGCGGCAAAGGCCCGCGCCGAGGCGGACGCCGCCCGCCGCGCCUCUGCGCCUGCCCGGACGGGCGGCGUCAAGCGCGGCGCGAAGCCGGACGCGGCGGCGCUGGACGAGGCGGCGGUGCGUGCCCGGCUCGAGGCGGCGGCGCAAGAGGCAGCCGCGCGCGCCGAGGCGGCGGCGGAGGCGACGCAGACGCCGUCGCAGCAGCGCGCUGCUGCAGCGGCAGAGGCGCGGGCGGCCGAGGUGGCCAAGAAGGAGGCUGCGGCACGGGAGGCGGCGGAGGCGAGGGCGGCCGCUGCCGAGGCGCGCGCGCAGAAGAGUGCGGAGGAGAAGGCGGCUCGCCUGGCAUCCGAGCAGGCCCGGGCGGAGGCGGCUGCGGCGGCGCGGCAGGCGUCCGAGGAGACGAAGGCGGCGCAGGCUGCGGCGCGCGAGGCUGCCCGGCGCGACGCUGACGAGUCAAAGUCCGCCGCCGCCGCGAGCAAGAAGGCGGAGGCGGCGGCGGCGGCGGAGGCGCGGGCGGCCGCAGACGCGCAGAAGCGGGUCGAGGCGGAGUCCAAGAAGGCGGCGGAGGGGGAGGCUCGCCGCGCGUCUGACGAGGCCAAGGUGGCCCGGGCGCCGGAGGAGCGGGCGGCCCGGGCGGCGGCGGACGAGGCGCGCUCGGCGGAGCGCGCUGCUGCGGCGGCGAAGCGGGAGGAAGCGGCAAAGGCCCGUGCCGAGGCGGACGCCGCCCGCCGCGCCUCUGCGCCUGCCCGGACGGGCGGCGUCAAGCGCGGCGCGAAGCCGGACGCGGCGGCGCUGGACGAGGCGGCGGUGCGUGCCCGGCUCGAGGCGGCGGCGCAAGAGGCAGCCGCGCGCGCCGAGGCGGCGGCGGAGGCGACGCAGACGCCGUCGCAGCGGCGCGCUGCUGCGGCGGCAGAGGCGCGGGCGGCCGAGGUGGCCAAGAAGGAGGCUGCGGCACGGGAGGCGGCGGAGGCGAGGGCGGCCGCUGCCGAGGCGCGCGCGC